UCAAGAUGGAAGUUGACGGUGGACUUGUCACAGCUGCCCGGCUUUUCCUCUGCAUUUGGGACGUUUCCCUGUUUCAUGAACUGCUUCACAGCGAAGACUGAAAUCCAGAAAAUGGCCCUCAGAGAUACAGAAUAAGGACUGCUCUCAGAAUUAAGACGAUGCUAAGUCAUCUGUUUACAGAUGGAAUCAUACUUCCCAACGUUGGAUUUUUACUUUGGGAUAAAUGAAAAGAUUUGGUUUCUCACAUUCACCAGGCCUCUAAAGUACCUUGAUGGGAUAGCACUGGCUAUCCACCAUGUCAGUAGCUAUACGUAAAAGAAGUUGGGAAGAGCACGUGACUCACUCGUCAGGAUUACAGUACAGCUAUGAUGAUCUGGAUCUGGUCUGUUGUCAUGGGGUUGACCGUGGUGCAUCUUGGGUGGGUUCAAGAGUUUCUAAACAAGGCCAACGUGCAAGGUGUGCCUCAAUGCCAGAAUGCUGCCACCAACCGUCCACAGAUAUCAUAUGUCAGGCAUCGAAGGUGAUGACUUCUGUGGUCCAUAAUAAUGAUUCAGAACAUAUGAAUUCAGUGGAAAGUAAUGGAACAAUUUCACAUAUUUCUUGCACAGUUGGUAGAAGUGCUCACUGUGAAAACCCUGAAGGUGUGGUUGGUGCAGUAAAUAGCCAAAGCCAAAAUAUAGGCAAUGGCAACAAUGCGCUUAAAAGUGAACAUAUCUGUGGUACACUGCAACAAUGCAUCUCUAUUUCUUUAAACAAUGGGCCUCCAUUGUCAGAAUGUGCUGGUGAACAGCCUGGCAAACAUCCAAAUCAUCUCGGAACAAAGGAGAGACAGAGAGAAGGUUACAGCAGACCCCCCGAUUUCUCUGGGCCAACACUGAACCAUUCCUCUGCUGCUGAAACUCUACUCCCAGAUGUUGAAGACAAGAUUUCCACCACUGGUCACCAGGAUGCAAGUGCAACUUUUCCUGUUAGUGAGACACAGUAUUCGGUUAAUAUGAUGGAAAAUGGUGAUGUAAUGUCAAAUACUGUGAAGAAUGUGGAUCCAACACUGCCUUUAGUGGCAGAAGGAGAUUCAGCUGACAAACCAAAUGGAAAUGGAUUAAAUUAUCUCAAUCUUUUAAAUGGAAAUACUAAUUUAAAUCAUCACUCAAGUGACAUUAAAGAAGGAGAUCAAAACCAUGAGUGUACUGGAUGUCAGAAGCAGAUUCCUUUUUCUGAAAUAGCUGAAGACAAGUUGUUUGUGGCGCACGAUGUUGAAAUGGCAGCAAUAAACCAGGGAGAGGAAAGAGCCAAACCAGAAAGUGAGGAAGCAGCAGAUGUCGAGUGUGGAAUGACGCCAUCUGACAGAUGUUCCGAUGGGCAGUGCUGCACUGCGUCAUUAAAUGAUGUUUCUACCAAACAGCUGGAUGUUGGAAUUGUAAAAGGUGACCCCACACAGAUUGGGACAAACACCACUGAAAAUACACAGCAGGCUUUGGGGCCAAAUCCCUCCAUAAAUGCAGCAUCUGAAAACAUGAAUGGCAGCUCACUGUGUUUUUGUGAGGACCACAUCAUACCUCAUCACUUACGGUUGGAAAACAGUUCUUCAAAACUGGACAUUAUUCUGGAGGUCAGUCUCAGUGAGGCAGAUGACAAACCUGUACUGGGACCUGAAAAUAACAUAUCUGUGACUGUCACCCACUGUCCAGUGGCUCAGCACUCACACACGAGUGAGGAGCAAACACAUACUAAACAACCCACCGGAUGCCGAGCAUCCUGCUGCACAGAGGUCAGUGAUGUCCUCUUGCUGGAGGGACUCCAUGGCAACCAAGCUUCUGCAUGUUGCUGCAAUGAGUCACCUGCAUCUGUGGUGGCAGAUGGUCAGAGGGAAUGCCACAGGCCAGGAGCCACACUUUGGAGAAUGGAUGAGACGGACAGUGCAGCACAGACGGUGAUCUACAGUGACACGCAGUUUAUCAAUCCAGAUUUAGAUGGGAUGGAUGAACCCGGAUAUCAAGAGGAUGACAAAAAGAAGAAAAUGUGCCAUAGAAAGACUGAACACACUCGUCUGGACUCCAUGGUGCUGCUGCUGAUGAAGUUAGACCAACUGGACAAAGAAAUUGAGACUGCCCUCAAUGCCACUUCCUCUAAGGACAGUACCCCCACAAUUCAGCAUCGACAGCCACUGAACACUGUUUCUGUUCCUGACAAAGAAAGAGCAGAGAUUGAAGCCAAAGAGGCCUGCACAUGGCUCCGGGCAGCAGGAUUCCCUCAGUAUGCCCAGCUUUAUGAAGAUGCCCAGUUUCCCAUUGACAUCUCUUCAGUCACCAGAGACCAUGACUUUCUGGAUCAGGACUCCAUUGAGGCUUUAUGCAGGAGACUGAACACACUUAACAAAUGUGCUUUAAUGAGACUGGAGAUAACACCCCAAAGAAAAAGAAGUGAAGAUUCAGAUGAAGAUGAACUUUGUGCUAUCAGCGGCCGUUGGACCUUCCAAAGAGACAGCAAGCGCUGGUCACGUAUGGAGGAGCUGGAAGUUUUCUCUAUGCUGCCAACAGAUGCUAUCAUGCCGCCAUGUCUGAAGGAUGGCGUUUCUCAGACAGGGAAGCUCAUGCUCUGUGAAGGCAAUAGCUCAGAGAGUGUGCUGACUGACUUAAGUGAGCAACCUGAAGUGGGUUCUGUCCACAGCAGUGGGAGUGGCGGGCGAGGCGAAGAUAAGAGCCAUGGUGUUGCCACGGCGACUGAGAGUGUACCCACUGAUUCCACUCGUGCCAACUCUGUAAUGAGCAUGUGUUCAUCCUCAGGCACAGGUGGGUCAGGGUGUGCUAAUGAGGACUAUCUCUCUGAUGGCUUACCUCCAUCCCCCUUGGAGACAUUUGGGCAGUUCACAUUUGAUAUGAAAACAGGGAUGGUAGGAGUUGGAGGAAGUCUGGAGAAAGGAGGUGGCAAUCUGAAAAGCACACGUUCACGAGCUAAGAGCUUCCUCAAGAGGAUGGAGAGUCUUCGGCUCCACAGCAGUGCCUCCUCCAAGAGGAAGAAGAAGACAAACACCAGUGGCAGGAAGAUAGAAAUCAGUGGCCCUGUUAUCAAAGAGGGUCUAGAUGAUGAUAAGUUGCGUCGGUUGAAUUGUGUAGAUAUCUCCAGUAUUACCCUCCAUCAAAAUGUUAAUCAUAACUCCUCAAGUUAUCCACCUCAGGUUAUGACACUUAACCGGAAUCCAUGUGUUUCCUACUCCACGCAGACCAGCACCGGCAGCACCGGCAGCAGCCAGUCUGAAGCCAGCAGUGGAAGUGCAGUGAGCACGCCGAGCCCCGUGACCCGCACUCGAAGUCACAGUGCAGCAGCAGGAUCGAGUAAAAGAGGGGGGAUGUAUUUAGAGGGGUUUGACCCUUUCAGCAUCCUUAAUCAAUGUUCAGAUAAACAGCCAUUAUCCCAGCGUAAGCCUGCCUCACCAACACGACGCAAAGCUCGUAAUAGGCCGACAGCUAAUGAGCAGAACCACAGGAGCAGCUGCAGUGCUCGAGAUAAUGUUAGACAAGUAGAAGAAGAGGAGGGCAAAAUGCAGAGCAUGAUCUUCUUCUACUUACCAGAAGGACACAAGCCUGGAACUUUUCCCAAGUCCCUGUGCAACGGGAGUUCACACACCAACAGUAGGAAUGAUAAUGGGAAUACGGUUAUUCUCAGGGGACGGCAAAGCAGGCAUCAGCGUUACAGCUCUUCGGGUUCUGUUGAGAGUCGGCUCAGUUUCUAUGACAAUGUCCCGUGCACUGAGAGAGAAGAGGUGAUAGGGGAGGAAGGAGGAGAUGUGCACAGACUGGAGGAAGUUCUGCAGCACGUCAGCAGCCUCCAGAGCUUUGUUCAUGUCUGGUCACAGGCUGUAGCUGGUGAAGAAGAGGAAGAUGAAGAAGAUGAAGAGGAAGAAGAAGACUCUGAUUCAGCACUAGAUUCAGCCUCUCCGUGCCUGUCCUCCCCUCUGCAAAACCAAUUAGAGGAAACUGAGAAUGGAAGUGACCGAGACAGCACAGGAAUUCUCAGGGAGGGAGAGGAUGGAAUGAGAGAGAGAAGGGAUUCUGGAGUUGGAACAUCUUUGACGCGCAGCAACAGGCCACAGAAACUCCGAUGGCCGAGCUUUCAGAACUCUCAUCGUCCCAGUUUGGCCUCCGCCCAGCUCCAGAUUAGCUGCCAGUCUGUGCUGCAGAUGAAUUUGCUGCAGAAACUUUCCCUGCUGCAUCUUACUGCUCUGCUGGAGAAGCACACACCUAUCAACAAACACGGCUUCAGCUGGGCUGUGCCAAAGUUCAUGAAACGGAUAAAGGUGCGCGACUACAAAGACAGGAAUGUGUUUGGUGUCCCACUGCAAGUCAUUGUUCAGCGGACAGGCCAGCCUCUCCCUCAGGGGAUUCAGCAGGCUAUGCGCUACUUACGCAAUCAGUGCCUCGAUCAGGUGGGCCUUUUCAGGAAAUCAGGAGUUAAAUCUCGUAUUCAAGCUCUGCGCCAGAUGAAUGAGACAUGUGGUCCAGAAGGGGGUGGAGUCAGCUAUGAUGGCCAGUCAGCUUAUGAUGUCGCUGACAUGCUUAAGCAGUACUUCAGAGAUUUGCCAGAGCCGCUGCUUACUAACAAAUUGUCUGAGACUUUUCUCCAGAUCUAUCAGUACAUCCCCAAAGAUGUUCGUCUGCAGGCAGCUCGCGCAGCUGUGUUGCUGCUGCCUGAUGAGAACAGAGAGGCGCUGCACACGCUCCUCUGUCUGCUGAGUGAUGUGACGGUCAGCGUGGGAGAGAACCAGAUGACCCCAACUAACCUGGCAGUGUGUCUGGCCCCAUCCCUGUUUCACUUAAACACCCUGCACCGCAAGGAGAGUUCCUCACCACGGGUGAUGAACAGAAAACAAACACUGGGAAAACCGGAUCAGAGAGACCUGAAUGAGAACCUGGCUGCCACUCAUUGCCUGGCACACAUGAUUCAGGAGUGCAGGAAACUUUUCCAGAUUCCUGAGGAAAUGAGUCAUUGCAAAAAUUCCUAUGCGGAGCAAGCUUUGCUGCCACAAGGGCUGAAGACAUUUGUCAGUGAGGAGGCUGGGCAAAGAGGUUACAGGACACAUCUACAGGACAGCUUAGAGGCGCUUCUCAAAGACGCCAAAGACAAGUUCAAAGGAUAUGACAGCUGUUCCACCACUGAGCAUGCUGAGCUGGCCAAUAGAAAGGUGCAUGAUGGCGUCCCACUGCGCCUGUGGAAGGUGACUGUGGAGGUGCCUGCGGGUCCAGAAGAGGUUUUUAUGCGUGUGUUGCGGGAGCAGGGUCACUGGGAUGAGGACCUGCUGGAGAGCCGAGUGAUUGAGAGUUUGGACGAGAGGACAGAAAUCUACCAGUAUGUCAAGAAUACCAUGGCCCCCCAUCCCACCAGAGACCACCUGGUGCUCAGAACAUGGGUCACAGACCUCCCAAAGGGAGCGUGCGCACUGGUUUGCACCUCUGUGGACCAUGAAGAGGUUUCGGUUGUGGGUGUCCGGGCAAAGGUCCACAUGUCUCGCUACUUUAUCGAGCCCUGUGGAGCCAACAAAUCCAGACUUACACAUAUUUCCAGGAUUGACUGGAGGGGUCGUUUCCCGGAGUGGUACAAUAAAAUGUACGGACAUUUGUGCGCUGCCGAGGUGGCACGGAUACGCGACUCAUUCACUGUACCCCUGGACAAAUGAGAAAGCAGCAGCAGCCAGAGAUGUGUCAGCAGCUUAUUUCAACCUGGACUGAUUGGAGCACGUUUUAGAUUCUGCUUGGAAUUUGAAAGGACGCAACUCGUUCCAACAGCACAAAGUUAGACGGGUUUCAAACUUGUAUAUACUACACAAAUGUAAAGGAGAAGUCCUGGAUUGAAGGAGUUUUGUGUUUGUUUUCACUACAUCACAACAGACUAUUGUCUCAGAGUCUUCUGUCGGACUCAGCAUCUUUCCAAAAGGACUCACAUGAUGGGACAAAGGACAUGGCUUUGCUGACGCAAGACGUGAUGUUUAUGCUGUUGCCAAAGGGUGCUAUUGCUUCUGAGAAGCAAGUGAGUUCACUCUGUGUGUGUGAGAAUCAUGUUAUCAAUUAUCUCAUGCAUUCAUGAGGUAAUUGAUAAAUCCUACUUGCACUGGUUUCCAGUUGCAUCAUAACAUGUACAUAGUUUUGUGUUCACAGCAACAGUUGAUGUAACUGUUUUUCUGUUACAGCAGGAAUAUUAGACAAUAUUAUGCUAUGUGAUUGUUGAUUUCACAGGCAAAGAAAGACGUGAAUGUGCCGAUGAUAGGUGUGCAAACAUAAGAUGGGAGGUCAUAAUGUCUGGCUGUGUAUUGGUGGCUGGUUCACCAACAGGAAAGGUCUGAGCGUUCUGUACUAAAAUACAAAAAUAUCGCAGAGAAAUUAAAAGUCUGUAAACCUCAAAUGCCCCUAGAUUUGAAGUAGAAGAACUUUUGUUCUUGAUAAUGUGUUGGAAAACUUGUACAGCAUCAUAUACAAAUAGUUAAGAGCAGUUAAAACCCGAGCUGUUUGUGACAGACUCCCAGCACGACAGAAAGAAAAUCACAUUUUUCAAACUUCAUAAAACAUUUCUAAUUUGAUAAAAAAAAUUGUUGAAUUAUUAAAUGUUUAUACUAAAUAAGGUUGAGCUGAAAAUGUAUAAAGUACAUUGAGUUACCGACAGCUAUAUCACAAUAAAUAGCACAGUAGUCACAUUUCUUUGAAGUCAUAAUGACCCAAAGUCAGUUUGUCCUUUAUGGGCUGGUUCUGAUUUCAAUGAGAUGUGACUAAUAAUAAUAAUAAUAAUAAUAGUUACAUCUCUUUGAAAUCAUAACAACCCAACAUCAAUUUGGCCUUUAAAGGAAAAGAAAACCCACUGAUAAAAUACAGCUGAGACGAUAGACUGUGCUAUAAACUAAUGAUUGAUGUGUAUCAAUGAAAAUAAGGAGCUCUUACAACUGAAAUAAUCAUCUCUGAAAAUCUAUUUCAGGGGUAGGCAACCUGUUCCAGAAAGAGCCAUGAGGGUGCAGGUUUUCUUUGCAGCCACUGACUCCACCAGGUGAUUUUACUGAUUAAUAUCACUUUGAGCAGAUGGAAUCAGUUAAUCAGUGAAAUCACCUGGUGGAGUCAGUGGCUGCAAAGAAAACCUGCACCCUCAUGGCUCUUUCUGGAACAGGUUGCCUACCCCUGAUCUAUUUGGUAAACAUUCUGUUAAGCAGAAUUCAUCCAUCAUUGACAAUUCCAUAAAUGCUGCCAUUAACACAAUUUUAAUCAAUCAGUAAAAAAAAAACCUUGGAUAGCUUGCGGAAUUGCUGUGACAUGGCAUGGGCACAGAAAA